CGUAGAUUCUUCAAUCUCUCCUUUCGUUUCAACGCUUCGUCUUCCAACGUUCCUACCGCCGCCAUUAUUACGGUGUUGUACAUGCAAUUUACAUUCCGUAAAAAAAGUAGAUCAUAUAUUUUUUGUGUACUUUGACCAAGCCCACCUCUGAAAAAUCAUAGACGAGUUUUGUGGGACCUUGUGCGAGAUGUAACCAGUAGAGUUUACAUGUUGUAAAAAUUAUGAACCGCAAAAAGAAAGAUGGGGAUGACAACAGCGACGACGGCAACAAGAAGGAUUCUUUGUUAGAUGUAUUUUUGGGUGUUGGGGCUGCAGUUGGAGCCGUAGUUGGAGCUGCAGCGAUAGGGUAUGGAACUUAUAAAUUGGCAAAGUAUGUUCAACAGCCUUCCCUCAAUGUAGACGACAUUGGGGUGAAUUUCAACGAAUGGCGGAUACCGAGGGAAAUAAAUAAUCAAGAGAUGAAACUGGCAAAACAAUUAUGCGAUGCUAGUGACAGCGAGCUUAAUAUUGAAGAAGCGGAGUGGAAUAAAGCGACAAAAGCUGUCAACAAAGUUUUAGAUUUGUUGAUGCCUGAAAUCAAAAGUGAAGCAGCCAAAUAUGAAGGUCUUGUAAUUGAAAAUUAUGUUAAGCAAGGAAGUUCUCGUGAGGGCCUUAAAGUUCACGCAGCUGACGAAUUUGACGUCCUUCUGCAAUUCCAUUUUGAAAAUAUCGAUUAUGAGGUUGAGCCUGUACAAUCGGGUGCUAAUGUGUUGCCUGAACUCGCUUAUCUGUCUGUCAACAGUACCAUGAAAGAGCUGUCUUUUUCACACGAAAAAUUACAUAGGAAAGGAGUUUUCUGCGAAAUGCAAGGUGAUCCGUAUAUUAGCACGAUGGCGCUUCAAGAGAAAGUUUUCAAGUCAAUUAUCGCGAUGGCUGCUGAUCGAGUGGUACACAAGAUCAACCACGGCCGGACUGAAGAUACAUUAGGGUUUCGAAUAAGUCUUCGUACCAACCCACCAUCAGUCAAUAUUCGAAUACAGUUUACAGAAAGCGAAGAUCCAUUGUCAACAAUCUUCAAAGUUCUAGAAAUUUCCGAACAAUCGUCACAGAAAGUAAUUGACGUGGAUAUAGUGCCUGGGCUGUUGAUAUCUGAUGACACUGUGCCUGACCCAACAAAUAAAAGACGCACAAUGAAAUGUCCGAAAUAUGCAGUGUUUAAAUGGUUUACUGAAAAUCACAGAUCCGCGACAGGCUACGAAGGAAGAGAAUUUCUUUGGCGACUUUGUAGUUCAGGUUAUGAAAAGCAUGUAAUGGAUGUCGCUCAAGGAAAACAAGACCAGUGCCAUAUUGUCACAGCCCUUAGAUUCUUAAAGCUGUACUUCCGAAACGGUAAACACAAUGCCAUUGGUAGAAAUGAACCCCCGCCACAAGUUGUUACGGUUCUACGUUCGUAUCACCUGAAACAUGUAGCGUUCUACUGCAUACUGUUCUUGCGAGUUAUAAAUAAAGAGAAGCUGUCCAGUGUCGAUGAUGCAUUGACAUAUAUGCUGGAGUUUCUGGGAGUUUGCCUUGAAGAAAGAAGACUUCCCCAUUUCUUUCAUGCAAACAGAUACGUCACUUCAAUGUUUCCAAGUCUAAAGUCUCACCCAAGAGAAUUGAAAUACGAUUUGUUUCAAAGUAAACGAGGAGACGCUCUGAAUCAGGCUAUGCUGUCGUACCGCACAAUGGCAGACGUUAUAUUUUCCGUUAUCAAGAGACCUGCAAAUACACAUCGUAUAGUGCAGCAAUUUAGAAGUUAUAUUUCCUCCGGAAAUUACUUUCAGUAAUAACAGUGUUCAAAGCUUAAACAGCAAUUAAAACCAGACUUUAGGGGGGACAUGGUUAUGAGUUUACUUGUCAAUAUUUAUAAAGUUUUUGUUUCUUGAAAUAUUUGGUCUGGUCUUGCUAUUAAAUCUGUUAUCUAUUUCAAUAUAUGCAGUUUUUUGUAUGUGAUUAUUAAAGAUUGGUUGAGUGGUUGCCUA